GGUUAAAUUACAAUGUUUCGCAGUGUGUACUGGCAAUAAAUAAAUAAAUAGCAAAAUAUAAAAAUAAAAAAAGAAAAAGUAUUUAAGUAAAAUAUAUGACAACGUGGCAAACGGGAAUGAAAAUGAGGAACAAAAGGAGUAGUUGUAAUGAGAAGAAAGAGAAUGAACGACAGGAGCUCCAACCGCCCUCAACGGUCUAGCUUAUGGCAGAAAUGCACGAGUUUCCGAGCUCUCAAACAAGUCCACGCUUUCAUGGUCGUCAAUGGAUUCAAUUCAAACGUCUCUGCUCUAAGAGAAUUCAUUUUUGCCAGUGCUAUGGUCAUUUCGGGAACAAUAGACUAUGCCCACCAAGUGUUCCCUUAUAUUGCUGAACCAGACACCUUUAUGUGGAACACCAUUAUCAGAGGCUCAGCUCAGAGCUUGGACCCUUUGAACGCGGUUUCUUUAUACAAACAAAUGGAACGCCGGAGUGGGAAGCCUGAUAGCUUCACUUUCCCAUUUCUGCUUAAGGCAUGCACUAAGCUUUCUUGGGUCAAGAUGGGUUUGGGGAUUCAUGGGAAGGUUGUGAAGUUCGGGUUUGAAUCUAAUACGUUUGUGAGAAAUACCCUUAUUUAUUUUCAUGCAAAUUGUGGGGAUUUGAGCGUUGCAAGCGCGCUUUUUGAUGGUUCAGCGAGGAGGGAUGUUGUAGCAUGUUCGGCUCUGACAGCAGGAUAUGCAAGGCGAGGGGAGCUAAGUGUUGCCAGGCAGUUAUUCGAUGAAAUGCCUGUUAAGGAUUUGGUUUCUUGGAAUGUGAUGAUAACGGGGUAUGCAAAGCGAGGAGAGAUGGAGAGUGCGAGGAAGCUUUUUGACGAGGUUCCAAAAAGAGACGUGGUGACUUGGAAUGCAAUGAUUGCAGGGUAUGUAUUUCGUGGGUCUAAUGAGCUGGCUUUGGAGAUGUUUGAGGAGAUGAGAGGUGCAGGGGAGAAGCCAGAUGAAGUAACCAUGUUAAGUCUUGUGUCUGCUUGUGCGGAUUUAGGAGAUUUAGAUGUUGGCCAGAGGAUACAUAGCUCUCUUUUGGAGAUGGGUUGUGGAGAUAUGAGCAUCUUAUUAGGGAAUGCCCUUAUAGAUAUGUAUGCGAAGUGUGGAAGUAUUGAAAGAGCAGUUGAAGUUUUCCGGGGAAUGAGACGCAGAGAUGUUUCUACAUGGAAUUCUAUAAUAGGAGGCUUGGCUUUUCAUGGCCAUGCUAAGGAGUCACUCGAUCUGUUUAAGCAGAUGCAGAGGUUGAAAAUCAGGCCAAAUGAAAUCACUUUUGUUGGAGUCUUGGUUGCUUGCAGUCAUGCAGGGAAAGUUGAAGAGGGGCGGAAAUAUUUCAAUCUCAUGAGAAAUGAGUAUAACAUUGAGGCAAACAUAAAACACUAUGGAUGUAUGGUGGACAUUUUAGGUCGUGCUGGGCUUUUGAAUGAAGCAUUCGAGUUCAUAGACAUGAUGGAGAUUGAACCUAACGCCAUUAUUUGGAGAACACUGCUUGGAGCCUGUAGAAUUCAUGGAAAUGUUGAGCUUGCAAGGUGCGCAAAUGCGCAGCUACUUAAACUGAGAAGGGAUGAGAGUGGGGACUAUGUACUUCUAUCUAAUAUUCAUGCUUCACGAGGUGAGUGGGAUGGGGUUGAGAAGGUGAGGAAGUUGAUGGAUGACAGUGGAGUGAAAAAAGAGCCUGGUUGUAGCCUAAUCGAAGCCAAUAACAUAGCUGUCAUGCAAUUUUUAUUUGAUUCAAAUUCGAUGAUAAAUUCAAGAACAAAAGGAUUUUGAGCUGCAAAUUUGUAAAAUAUUUGUUGUAGCAUUUGUUGAUAAACUGUGUUAAGAUAAUACAACUUGCGGUUCGUUCUUGUAGAA